GCAUUACCUUUACAGUCAUUGGUCAUCUCUGAGGUGUUUCGUAUUCAUACAAACCACUUUCCCCUUCAUCCUUCCUCUCCUUCUAUUUCUUGCUGCAGCGAAGCCCUUCUGAACUCUUACCAGCAACCAGAAGUGGCUGAAACAGAUCCUGCUCACCUCCCAAUAUAUCCGAACUAACCAAAUACCAGAAUAUUUGUGUGCUCUCCCUUUUGACACAAACGAAUUAUAUCCCAUCAUGGCAACAGACUCUAUGGAGAUCGAUGAUGCUUUAUACAGUCGGCAGAGGUAUGUUCUUGGAGACACAGCAAUGCAGAAGAUGGCCCAGUCCAAUGUGUUCCUGAGUGGUAUGGGUGGGCUUGGUGUGGAGAUUGCUAAGAACAUAGUUCUAGCUGGAAUAAAGGCUCUUACAGUUCAUGAUACCAAGCAGUGCAAGACAUGGGAUUUGGGAACCAACUUCUUCAUCUGUGAAGAUGAUGUUAUAAAUCUAAGGAACAGAGCUGAGGCCACACUUCCUCACAUCGCAGAGCUCAACCCAUACGUCCAUGUUUUAUCAUCGACUGCACCACUUGAUGAAACCACAGACAUCUCCUUUCUAAAAAAGUAUCAGUGUGUCAUAUUGACUGAAACGAGGCUAGCGCUGCAGAAGAGGAUUAAUGAUUUUUGCCAUGCUCAACACCCCCCUAUUAAGUUUAUCAGUGCAGAUGUGUAUGGAAUAUGGUCACGUUUGUUUUGUGACUUUGGUGAUGAAUUUGAAGUGCUGGAUGCUACAGGAGAAGAACCAAAGGAAAUCUUCAUUUCAAACAUAACACAAUCAAACCCUGGGAUUGUCACUUGCCUUGAAAAUCAUCCUCACAAGCUGGAAACGGGACAGUGCUUAACCUUUCGGGAAGUUAAUGGAAUGUCUUGUUUAAAUGGAUCCAUGCAACAAAUAACGGUGGUGUCACCUUAUUCUUUCAGCAUUGGCGAUACUUCCGAUAUGGAGCCUUACUUACAUGGAGGCAUAGCUGUCCAAGUAAAGACACCCAAAAUAUUUUGCUUUGAACGGCUGGAGAAGCAGUUAAAAAACCCAACUUACCUUCUUGCAGAUUUUAGCAAACCUGAGGCACCUUUGCAAAUUCACACUGCCAUGCUUGCAUUGAACCAGUUCCAGGAAAACUUUGGUCGCAUGCCGAACAUUGGAUGCCUUCAAGAUGCUGAGGAGAUGUUGAAAAUAGCAGUAUCCAUCAGUGAAACACUGGAAAGCAAACCUCAGGUGAAUGAAGACAUAGUGAAAUGGCUCUCUAGGACUGCUCAGGGAUUUCUAGCUCCCCUUGCUGCAGCAGUAGGUGGUGUUGCUAGCCAAGAAGUCUUGAAAGCAGUAACGGGAAAAUUUUCUCCUUUGCAGCAGUGGCUGUAUAUUGAUGCAUUGGAUAUUGCUAUAUCUCUAGACAAGACCAGUUGUGAAGAAUUCCUCCCAAGGGGAGAUAAAUAUGAUGCCUUGAGGGUUUGCAUUGGAGAGUCGCUGUGCCAAAAGUUGCACAAGUUGAAUGUUUUCCUGGUUGGGUGUGGAGCAAUAGGCUGUGAAAUGUUAAAAAAUUUUGCACUUCUUGGUGUUGGUAGUGGCGGAGACAAAGGCAUGGUCACAAUUACAGAUCCAGACUUGAUAGAGAAAUCCAACUUGAACAGACAGUUUCUUUUUCGACCCCAUCAUAUACAGAAACCUAAAAGCUAUACUGCAGCAGCAGCAACCCUGAACAUCAAUGCUCAGUUAAAGAUAGAUCCGUAUCUUAAUAAAGUGUGUCCAGCCACCGAGAACAUUUACAAUGAUGAAUUCUACACCAAGCAAGACAUCGUUGUUACAGCUCUAGACAAUGUGGAGGCAAGGCGAUAUAUAGACAGUCGUUGUGUAGCAAACCUGCGUCCUCUCUUAGACUCUGGAACAAUGGGAACUAAAGGACACACAGAAACAAUUGUGCCUCAUCUGACAGAGUCCUAUAACAGCCAUGUAAGUGUUCUUUUUGUAACAGUAACUUACCAUGUGUGGCUGAUCCUACAAGGUCCUUUUUUCUUAUACUUUUUCUACCUCUUGUGUAUUUUAAAUACAAGUUGUACACUAAGUAAAUGCAUUUUAGGCAUAUGCCUUGAUGACAAGAACCUCACUGACAUUGAUUUUGUCAACGACAUAGCACUAGUCAUUGAAUCAACGGACAAGCUAGUUGAGGCCCUUAAAGCUCUGGAGAACUUAAUGGCAAAUGUCAGCCUGAAAAUUAGUUGGUGGUAA